GUCAGUGCAAGCAGUCUGUGUAGCCGGCCGGGCAUGUGACACACACAUUAAUCCUGCAGCGGCCUCUGAACGCCGUGUUGCUAAGGGCCCGCACUGAACCGUUGCUAGAGAAGCAGCAGCAGCAGAAAGUUAAGUUCCCGGCCGCAGUGGCUUAUGGGAUCGGCACAGUGCGUAUCCAUGGUGACUGUGAACGCGCUGAUCUCAGCGUACAGUUUAUGGAAUUGGGAAAGGUCUCUUUAGUUUCUCACCAUAGUGCUCUCUGAUUUGUGCCUGUUAUCCCCGGAGUGCACAUGUCGUAGUAGCAAUUUGGCUCUGUUUUCUGUAGUGAGAAGAACCGUAUAAUGUAUCCAGCAACAGCAGAGUCUGCAGAUGAGAACUAUGAGGGGGGUGUGCUGAGCAAGGACAACAUUGGGAAGAUCAUCAUGGGAGACAGCUGCGAACCUGAACAGGAAACAUCUGCAGGUGUAACGCUUAAUGGCACGUUGCAGCAAGUGACCAGUCCUGACUGUAAAGAAAAUGCCAAUCAGAUAAAGGAGUCAGCCUCAGCAAACACCAAGAAGGAGAAGGAAUGUGGGCCCAGGUUAACCAAAAAGUACCUGCAAGAGUUAUGCAAGCAGCAAAAACUGUACCGAACCCCGUACCUAAAUGACACUCUAUACCUACACUACAAAGGAUUUAUGCGUAUUGAGAAUCUGGAGGAAUACACAGGCCUGAAGUGUCUGUGGCUGGAGUGUAAUGGUCUGCAGAGGAUAGAGAAUCUCAGUGCUCAGACAGAGCUACGCUGUCUCUUUUUACAUCAAAACCUGAUCAACAAAAUCGAGAAUCUUACACACCUGCAGAAACUGGACUCUCUCAACCUAUCUAACAAUGACAUCAGCACCAUAGAGAACCUGGCUUGUCUCCCAGUUCUGACCACCCUGCAGAUUGCUCACAAUCAAUUGCAUACAGUGGAAGAUAUACAGCACCUAGAGGAAUGUCACUGCAUUAGCGUCUUGGAUUUAUCUCACAAUAAACUGGAUGAUCCUGCUGUAAUUGAGAUCCUAGGGAAGAUGCCAAACUUGCAUGUCUUAAACUUGAUGGGAAAUGAAGUAAUUAAGAAAAUUCCUAAUUAUAGAAAGAUAGUUACAGUGCGGUUGAAAGAUCUAACCUAUCUUGAUGACAGACCCAUCUUUCCUAAGGACAGGGCAUGUGCAGAAGCCUGGGCCCAAGGAGGACGGGAAGCUGAGAUUAAGGAAAGAGAACGCUGGGAGACUAAAGAAAGAAAGAAGAUCCAAGAUAGUAUUGAUGCAUUAUCUGAAAUCAGGAGGCAAGCUGAAGAAAGACACAGGAAGGAGAUGGAACAGCGAGGAGAACUGUCCACAGAGAGUAAUGCAGCUCCUGAGCAACAGGAGAAACUCUGCAGGAAUGAGGAGUCUCAGGAGAAGAUCCAAAAGUUUGUAGAAGGGGCUAUGGAGGCUUGCGAGGAGUUAUACGCUAAUAAAGAUGGGUUGGAUACACCAAAAAGUCACCCUAUACAACCCUUGGACACAGAUGAGCAGAAGCAGGAUGAGAUGUUUCCUCAGUCUGAGCAGGAAUCGUCUACAUUUACAGAUAAUGAGCAUUGCAGUGUUCAGAAUAAAGAUAAGUUAUGUCCUAUGGAAACACGUCCUACAAGCAACAGCACUGCAGUAAUUCAAGUUAACAUAAUGACCAGCACGGAGCUCACUGAUCAUUUCUGGGAGUCACAGGAGGAGAUGAAUACAGAAGGUACUCUGACCACUGUAAUGGUUGAUGCAGCAGAUGUAGAAUCUGUUCCUCUGAAGGUCACACAGAAGCUGUUCAUUGAUGAUUUGCCAGAUUUAGAAGAUGCAGAAGUUGAUGAGUUGUCUCCAGCUCUGCAGGACAAGAUGCGCACUAAUAAGGUAUAUCGCCCAAUGAUUGAAGUGAUUUCUGCGGACAGUGACCAUAGUGAUAGUGAUGGGGAGUGGGAGAGAGAAUACGUGACCACAGAACUUAAUGAAAACGUGCAAACUCUACUCCCUGUGCUAAACCUACUUAAUAAGCCCAGUGAUGAACUGUAUAGAGACCAAUUGCAGGAGCAAAGACAAGUGGACACUGGAGCACUGAAGCCUAGAGUAAGGCCGAUCAUUCAGGAACUGGAUGCUGUACAUGCAGAUGAUGAGGAGCACAGGGAUAAUCCAGAAAAUAGUGCGCCCCAGCAGGACUUAACACCAGAAGAUAUCAACAGAGAAGACAAGUUGGCAGAAAGCUCUUCGGCUCUUUGGCUGUUACAGGAAGAUGAUGACAUUGAGUAUGAGUUGGACUGAAAACAAACAAAACCUUUUUUUUAUCGCACCGCUUGAGCCUGUCCUGUAUUAGCAUUGCCAAAGUCCUGGGAUGGAGUUUAUCAGUGACAGACAGCAGCGAUGGCAGUAAUUGCAUAGCAUUGUGCUAUAACCUUCUACUCCUACUGCAGAAGAGCAUAUUACAAGUUACAGUACAGUAUUUAUAUAUAUAUAUAUAUAUAUAUAUAUAUAUAUACUGUAUGUCUGUUAAGCGUUAUUUUCACAUUUCAAAAUUGGACACUUCAAGUUAGUAACUAUUCUAUUAAAAAUGUAAACAUUUUUUUAAUUUAUGAACAUUUUUUUAAAACACUUUUUCUUUGUCAUGUACAAAUAUAAUUCUUACUUCCUUGAGUUGUCAAGAUACAUAUACAGAAAUAAUAUUUUGACAGAUAAGAUUAUAGCUGAAUGUACUGAUAGUUACUAAUACCAAAUGAUGGAUGCAGAUUUUCCUGUCUGUUUCGCCAUCCUUUCAUGUUCCUUGCUUCCUUCCGGGGUGCAAAUUCAGUAAUACCCCUUUUCCACUAACGAGCACGGGUCGCAGCCGGGAGCCUGACACGGGAGCUGCCCCCUGCUGCGACCCGUGCUCGGUCCCCUUUCCCAUUAGCAGUCACAACCCGGCAAAUGCCGGGUUGGUGACGCUUCUAGUGACACGGCAGGGGCGGCGCAGGGAGAU